AUGGAGAAAUCCAGUAAAUGUGCGGUUUGUCACAAUUCGUUUCGUGCUUCAAUCUGCGCAGCUUGUGUUAAUCACAGGUUAAAUGAAUACAAAAUUAUGUUGGAUUCGUCGAAAAGCCGUCGGGAGAUUUCGUACUUGAGAUUAAGUAACUUGCUUGUCACAAAGGAGAAAGCAAUUAGUCAACGUCAUUGGAUGGAGCUUCAUAAUGAGAAGCUUUCUAGGUUGCGGGAUAAGCUCCAGCUAGAAGUGGAGAAAUUGCAGCGAAGCAAAAGCACAUUUCAGAGGCUAUCUCGUAAUCUGAAAGAGAGAUACGGCAUUAUCGAAUCAACUAACGUUGCUUUGGAGAAGAGCCGUGUUCACCAAUUGGAGAACCACUAUUCAGAUACUAUUGGCAAUCACUACUUGGUAUAUAUCGAGCUUACUUCAGAACGCCUUUAUAAACAGGCUUUGGUUAUGAAACAGAUACGCAAAUUAUUUCCUCUAUCCAGGGUGACACUAGAUGGCCAAAACAAAGAUGGGUGUAAUGGACAGUAUGAUCAAAUCUGCAAUGCUCUCUUACCACAAGGUCACAACCCACUCUCUGUUCCACCAAAAGAGCUUGCAGCCUCUUUAGGGUACAUGGUGCAGCUUCUGAAUCUUGUUGUCCAUAAGCUCUCAGUGCCUGCACUCCAUACCUUGGGUUUUGGGGGUUCUUGUUCAAGAAUAUGGCAGCGAGAUUCGUAUUGGAACUCUCAUCCGUCUUCUCCAAGCGACGAGUAUCCCCUUUUUGUACCAUCCCAUGAUUACUACUCCUUUGAAGGGAAAAGUUCAUGGACAGGUAGAGAAACAACCAAUUUUGGUGUCACUUCAUUGAAAUCAGAUGGAAGUGUAGAAGAAGAUUAUCAUGACCUUGACGUCGUCAGUCUUUCUUCUGCCUCUCCUCAUUCUGUUGAAACAUUCAGAAAUCUGCAGAGAGGAAUUGCACAUCUCAAGCAAAGCGUGGCUCACUUAACCGUGUAUGGCUACAGUUCCCUGUCUAUGGAAGUUCCUUUUGGAGCCUCGACUUUUGAAACAUUUGCAAAAUUACUGGCCACAUUAUCUUCACUCAAGGAAGUUCAAUCUGCUCUUUCCCUUGGGUUGUCAAGUUCAAACAAGCAAAGACACGAGCCGAACAAAUCCGUGUGGAAUUUGAACUCUGCCAGUUCCAGCACCUUGCUGAACAGCUCUCAUAUUCAGCCAACAUCGUGGAACAAUAGCUAUUAUAAUGUACCAAAUCGAGAUCCGAGCUAUAUGGUGGAGAAAAAGGAUAAAAACUCAAUUGGUGAAUGGAAUUUGGUUGAGCAUCCUUCUCAUUCUUCACAUCAACCUAUGAUGUUUAACCAUCCCAAGAAGUUUUGA